AUGAGUAGAAUUAUUGUCCAAUUAUCAGAUUUGAAUACUUUUAUAGCCGAUCUUACGGAUUCGAACGAACUAACUCUAGUCCGUAUGUUUGCUCAAUACCAAGGCACCACCGCACCUGUGUCUGGCUGCAUGUCACCAGUAAUAGCAUUCAGAACUAUACCAGAUUUUGAUCUACAACAAGAAAAUGAUAGAUUGCAUGAGUUCGCAUUGGAUGAGAAAUGUUAUCAAGAGGAAUUCAUAGACAGGUCACCGCCUCAGAAGGGUGAGAUCCUUGAUAUACACUGUGGAAUACAAUCUGGACAAACAGAAAUAAUACACCUCAAGCGCAUUACUUUAAAAGAUCUGAACAGACUACGUGAUUUUAUGUCAACUGAAGUUGGUAAAGAUUUUGCGCGGUUUACCGGCAUCUGA